CUGUUAAGUAUAUGGCUAUCGGCUGUUAAGUUGGACAACUUUCUCAUCGAUGAUGUCAAGAUAUCGAUAACAAGGAACUAUCGUAAUUUUUUAGCAAGCCGGUGCUCGCAGUUGUGCGCGCGCGUUCAUCACGCUUCAAUUUCUCGUCAAAUAAAUUGUGAUUUCAAAAAGUGUUGCUAUUUAAACAUGGUGAAUAACCCUUUGACGUGGAAACAAAUUUGCUGUCCCAAACGUCAGUUAACCAAGGCGACUACCAUCAGCUCCUGUUCAACAUAACAAGAAACUUCUUUGCAACAACAACAACAAUACUAACUUCACUCAAUCAACAACAGCAACAACAGAACAGAAGAACAACCGCAGCAGCUGAAAGAAAAAACUCAAAGUUUUUUAUUCGAUUCCAAUUAGAGCUUUGGAAUUUCAUCAACUGUUAGAGUUAGUUAUAGAGAACGAGGCAGAGGGCGAGGGAGAGGUUGAAUAUAUGUUUAUUAACUUAUUCUUAAUAUAAUCUAUUCUAAUCUGUAUUUAGUGUCCAGUAUUUGAAACACUUAGUUUUGUGUUUAGGUUAACCUAAUUUAUUGCAUACUUUUAGGCAGGUCGAGCUGAGCAUAGAGCUUCAGCUUGAGAGGGAGGCUCAAAGGAAACGUCCGGCAUUUUAGUCAGCUUCCUCGUCAUCUAGAAUUCGGUGUGCUGCACGCUUCUACUUCAGUUUUUCAUUAUGAAAAUAACAACAAUGAAGUCUAAGCGCAAAUAUGGCUGUUUAGAGAAUAUUUGAAAAGAGUUUUUCAAUUAUUAAUAAUUACGAUUAUUUUUCCGUAUAUCAUUUAUUAUUGUAGUAUUGUAUUUUAUAGUUUUCCCAAGAACACGUUUUUCUUUGCACAAAAUUCUUAAUACUUCAUUUCCUCUACACACAACACAACAAUAAUUUCUAUUUGAUCAAUUUUAAAUUCUGAACACUAGUUAAAGAGUUCGUCGAACAGACAGACAGACAGGUUAGACAGGACAGACGGUUAGGCAGUGUGAAUAGGGGCAAGAGUUGAGUUUUUGUUUUUCCUUCUGAAAAGUGAGUUCAUUGUAAACAUGGAGAGUUAUUCAGCGGAUCUGCUAUGGAUGGUCAUUAUUGGCUUUCUCAUUGCGUUCGUUUUGGCCUUUGGCAUUGGCGCCAAUGAUGUGGCCAACUCCUUCGGCACCAGCGUCGGCUCUGGCGUUUUGACCAUACGACAGGCUUGCGUCUUGGCCACGGUCUGUGAAAUUUCGGGCGCUGUUUUAAUUGGCUACAAGGUAUCGGAUACGAUGCGAAAAGGCAUCCUUGAGGUGAGCCUGUACGAGGGCGCCGAGGAGGUGCUCAUGUUGGGCUGCAUGUCGGCAUUGGCAAGCAGCGCCAUCUGGCUGCUGGUAGCGACAUUUUUGAAGCUGCCCAUUUCGGGAACACACAGCAUUGUUGGCUCCACCAUUGGCUUCUCGCUGGUGGCACGUGGCCUGCAGGGCUUGAAGUGGUCGACUCUGUGCACGAUCGUUGGCUCGUGGUUCAUUUCACCGGUGAUGAGCGGCUUAGUCAGCAUUUUACUCUUUUUGGCCAUACGCCGCUUCAUAUUGUGCGCUCAGGAGCCACUCAAGGCGGGCUUUCGCUCGCUGCCCAUUUUCUACGGCGUUACGUUCUUCAUCAAUGUCAUCAGCGUGGUGCUGGAUGGGCCCAAGUUGCUCUAUAUGGAUAACAUUCCCACUUGGAUAGCGUUGAGCGUCAGCGUUGCUCUUUCGCUGCUGGUGGCGCUCUUGACGCAGCUGGUGGUGGUGCCACUGCAGCGACGCUCAAUUGCCAAGAAGCUGCGCGCCCAGAAUCCGGUCAAGUUCAAUUUCGAGGACUCCGUGGAAUCAUCGCCGUCCGGCAGUCCGAAGAAGCAGCGCCGUCCGCUUUCGCUUGUUAGCGAGGGUAAACCACUGCCGGCUAUUGCCGAAAUCACCGAGCUGGUCUCGCUCAGCGACAAUUCGCCGAAGACCUUUAAGCUAGCGCCUUAUGGCCUCGCGGCCAAGAAUAACAAUGCAACUGCCGAGGACUACAAGAUCGAUCCAGAGAUAAUACGCAAGGCUGAGGAUCUGCUGGGCAAGGCCAGUCUGGACAAUCCCGAUCUGACUGUCACCAGCUUAAACUACAUCGACGAGCAGCAGCAAUUGCAGCACCAGCAAAACGGACGCAAACUUCAGGAGUGCUUUAAGCGUGUCCAGUCGCCCAAGGAGGAGCGCAAGACGGAGCCUAAUUUGCUUACAAGCGGAGCACCAGACAACGCUAAUCCCAAUGCCAAUGCCAACGGCAAUGCCAGUGCAAGCACAGCUGCCAAUGUAACCAACAACAAUUUGCAAGUGGUGCAGAGUGCCGGCAGCUUGGAUCUGAUGAUCAGCACCACAUUAUCGCCAAACUCUAGCAAAGUGCCGCUCAUCGAGAGCAAGGAGGCGCUCAAUGAGCAGGAGGAGGAGUUUAAGCGUGCAGCGGGUCGACGUGUCAGCAGCAGUCAGGAAACACAGGAGGUGUCCAUGCUCUUCUCAUUCUUGCAAAUCUUGACAGCCACCUUUGGCAGCUUUGCGCAUGGCGGCAACGAUGUUAGCAACGCCAUUGGACCACUCAUCGCUCUCUAUAUGAUCUAUCGCGAGGGCUCCGUAAUGCAGAAGGCAGAAAGUCCCAUUUAUAUAUUGAUCUACGGUGGCAUUGGCAUCUCCGUGGGUCUCUGGCUGUGGGGACGCAGGGUCAUCGAAACCAUUGGCAAUGACCUAACAAAGAUCACCUCAUCAACUGGCUUCACAAUUGAAAUAGGCGCCGCUAUCACCGUACUGCUGGCCAGCAAAAUUGGUUUGCCCAUUUCGACGACACACUGCAAAGUGGGUUCGGUGGUUUUUGUGGGUCACGUGAGCGCCGCGGGUCGCAAGCGCGAACGGCAGCAGCACGAAAAGCAGCCGGGCGGGCCAUUGGAGGAGCAGCAGGGAGGAGCACAACCCACUGGAGAGGCAAUGGAGGACGGCAGCGUCGAUUGGCAUCUGUUCCGGAACAUCGCCUACGCCUGGAUAGUUACGGUGCCGGUGACUGCACUGCUCAGCGCUGCAAUGAUGUACGUGCUCUGCGCUCUGGUCGUGAAUGAUGUGGAUCCAGUUUAAAGAGGCUAACCUUAAUAAGCGUCGUCAUUCAAUUAUUAAUUGUAAACGUAUAUUAAUGUUUCGUAAUUGUACCAGUUGAUAAAAGCAAAAAAAGUACGAAAAAACAAAUCUAAACAAAACCAACAACUACAAAUUAAAACUUUAACCAAAUUACUCACCUAACUAAGCAAAAAACAAAAAGCAAAAGUAAUGAAAACGGUAAA